AUCAAUGUCACAUAGGCCUAUAGUAAGACUGAAAGGCAGAAUAGAGAAUGAUUGAGAGAGAGAAUGUUAUCAUUAAUAAAGGACAGUAUGUUUAUCUGCCUGAACAAACCUUUGCUCUUACUGAUGAUGUCACUACAGGGUAAUAGGCCAUACCAGGGCUCAUAUUAGUGAGGAAUGAGUGAGAGACAGACACCAAAAAUUGGAGAGAGAGUGAGGGGUGUACUUUGCUUAUGACUGAACAAUCUGACAGAUAACGCAUCACUCAAAUUGGUCCAAAGUCCAGACUUUCCCAAGCCGAUGAAACACACUGGCACAGAUUCACAGUUCACAGAGACUUUACAGAUCUCUCAAUUGUGGAAUACCGGCUCCACAUCCAAGAAGUGUUUAGGACAGAGGAGAGAGAUGGAUAUCCUGGAGACAAGCGAAUAUGAUCGCAGACAACGCAGGAACACGUCCUGCGUUUUAUUUCUGUAUCUCCUCCCCUUUUUUGCAUCCUGCACGAUAUAUUUCUACUUAUGGAUCCCAGAUUCUGCCCCAUCUUUGAUGGCUGCUGGCAUAAAGGCCGCCCCUGUCCUCUCUCUGGCUCUUCUGGUUUUCAUCUAUAACGGAGGGUGGAGUCUACUGGGCGUGGCUGGAGGGUUGCUGCUGUCGGCGGGCGGAGACUGUUGCCUUAUUUGGCCACAAUUAUUUAUCCCUGGAAUGGGCUGUUUUGCUUUGGCCCACAUGCUUUACGCCUUCACGUUCCUCUCCUCUCGAUAUUCUAAAACAUCCUCCUCCUCCUCAGUCUUCAUCCUUAACCUCCUACUGUGGUCGAUCGGUGGUGGAAUGUAUGUUUACCUGGUGCCCUUCCUCCGACUCGAUCCAGAUGCGGACAUUCUCGUUCCAGCUAUUGGAGGUUACGUGCUGCUCAUCGUCAUCAUGGCCACGAUGGCAACUCGUACACGUCGGUCACUCCUCAUGCUGGGUAGUGUGAUCUUUAUGGCUUCUGACCUUACAAUUGCACUCACAAAGUUCAAUGUCGUUGAUCUAGAAUACAAAAAACACAUCAUUAUGAUUACAUACUACCUGGCACAGAUGAUGAUCGCGCUGGGUGAUGUGAAGGCAUGGAUGGAGGCGGAUGCUGAUGACUUCCGCAAGUGGAAGAGGUCAUAA